CGCAAGGUAUAAAAGAGUCAUGAUGCCUCCAGAACUGGAGGUUUGGCUCUUGGGCCUCUUGUUUACGCGCCGUCAAGCCUUUCCCAAGUAUCAAGAUGCGUGGACACUUCUGGGCCGUCCCGGCCGUACUGGCCGCCGUCAUUGACUCGGCCGCUUCCAAGCCAGUCACCACCACAACGGCCAGCCCAACUGUCCCUACCAGUGAGCCUUGUGCCAUUGUGAGCAGCUCAUGGGCUACCCAGAAGGCCGCCAACCCGGCAGCUACCCCGACUGUGGCAGCAGCUCUUGCUUACGAGUGUCUGAACUCGAUCCCUCUCGGAAAGGCUGCCGCCAUCGAGCUCGUGGAUUCGCUCAGGCCCUACCUCGACUGGCAGAGUGACUCGGCCUACAAGGCCAAGCCGCCCAGGGAGUACCCUUACCCGGGUUACGAUCUCUUCGGCGCUCUUGACAACGUCAAGGCCAAGCUGCAGGCGGACAAGUACGCCAACGAGUACCAGUUCCAGCAGGAGCUGUACACCACCGUCUGGGGCCCCGGCCACGACGGCCACUUCGUCUUCUACCCGGACGCCCUGACGCGGGUCUUUGAGUGGCGCCGCCAGCGCUCCCUGGUGUCCAUCAGCGAGGAUGGCAAGUCCCUACCCGUCAUCAAGGUGUACGAGGACGUCCUCGCCAACCCCAAGACCGCCUCCGUCGUCAAGCUGAUCAACGGCAUCGACGCCGCCACCUAUCUGGCCAAGACCAUCGACGCCGCCGGCUUCAGCCAGGACCCCGACGCCAACUACAACUCCAUGUUCUACCAGAAGGCCACCUUCGCCAACAGCGGGUCUACCGGCUACUUCGCCAACGGCGGCCGCAUCCGGUACAUCUACCAGGGCGCCAACACCACGCUGACCUUCGCCAACGGCACCAGCUUGACUCUCGAGAACCAGGCGGCCGUCAAGGCCGACAUGACGGGCGUCACCUCGGGCGCGGCCUACUACGCCAAGUUCUGCGACCCCAACGGCGUCUCCACCGUCGCAAGCACGGAGUCCGCCGCCGCCGCUCCCGCAGCGAACGUCCCCGGCUAUCCCAAGCCGGUGAUCAUCACCUCCGACGCCGUCGUAUCCGGCUACUUCCUCGAAGGCGCGGGUUACGAAGACGUAGCCGUGAUCGCCCUCCUCGCCUUCGAGUCCAACUCCAUCGCCGAGUUCCAAGCCGUCGUGCAGGAUUUCAUCGCCGAGGCCGUAGCAGCCGGCAAAACAAAACUAAUCGUCGAUUUCCAGAACAACGGCGGCGGCUACAUCCUCCAGGGUUACGACUUCUUCCGCCAGUUGUUCCCCUCCAUCGUCCAAGACGGCUACUCCCGGUGGAAGGAAACCGAUCCCUACAACGCCAUGGCCCAAAUCGUCAGCGACCGCGUCGCCGGCAUCAAUCCCUAUACCAACCCCGACGGCGACCUAGUAGAGGACUACGAGUCCUCGUUCAACUACCGCUACGACCUCAACCUGACCAACCAACCCUUCCGCUCCUUCGACGCCAAAUUCUCCCCGCAUGUCUACCAGGGAACCAAAUACACCAACCUGAUGCGCUGGGACCUCAACGACAACCUGACCACCACCAACUCCACCUACGGCAUGGGCAUCGAGAUCACCGGCUACGGCUCGCUCAACCCCUCGGCCGUGUCCCAACCUUUUGACUCCGAAAACAUCGUCAUCCUCUACGACGGCGUGUGCGCCUCCACCUGCACUCUCGCCUCCGAGUUUUUGCGAGUCCAAGCAGGCAUCCAAUCCAUCGCCAUGGGCGGCCGUCCCAACCACCGCAAUCUGAUCCAAGGCGUCGGCGGCGUCAAGGGCGCCCAAGUCCUGCAGUAUCGCAACAUUUACUCGUACGCUCAGAAGUACCUCCCCCUCGCCAAGACCGAAUCCCAAAGGGAAGCUCUCUCCCAGUUUUCUGACCUACCCAUCAACCGGAGUUCCUCGGCGGCCGUCAACGUGCGCGACCAGAUCCUGCGGGAUCACGUCAACGACGGCACGCCCGCGCAGUUCGUGGUGGAGGAGAGCGAGUGUCGCUUGUUUUGGACGCUGGAUAUGGUUAGGGAUGUGAGCGCUGUGUGGAAGCGGGCGGCGGAUGUGGCUUUUAACAAAGGAAAAUGCAACGUUGGUGGGAUUAAGCCUGGUAAGGGCAAGGGACCUAAGCCUACGAAUCCGGGUCAUGGUAAUGGUAAUGGUGGUGGACGGCCGGGAGCCGGUAAGGGCAAUGGGAAGGGUGGAAAGAGAUUGUCGGAGAUUGUGAGGGAGGAGGAGUCGAAGAUGGGUGUGUCGAGCUUUGGUGGAAAGGGAGGUAAGACGCAGCAGCAGAUUGAGGAUUGGGAGGCUGUUUAUCGGUUGCAGGUUAUUCCUUGAAUCGGGGUAAGAUGUUUUGGAUAUGAAGAAUUGGAUAAGGGAAGGGGACGGUGUUGUAUAUAUGAAGAGGGGAGUACUUCUUUGUAUAAG